UUGACGGUGUCGCGUAUAUUUUGGUGAUGCGUUUUCGUGUAUUUCAGGUGUUUGCAUUCACACCUUUCUUCGUUAUAUGCUGUCCUUUAUUCUUCAUGUCUGCAGAAUCAGAGAACCAAUUCAGACGUCUAUCAAUAGCUAAUCUUGGAUUAACCGAUGUGCAGAGUGGAUGGAAAGUAUUCGGCCUCCUUGUUUUAUCGAUUGCACUGUAUUUCUUAGUAACUGGUUUCUGUUUCACUGAAGCGUAUACAUGGCCAAGAAGAUUAAAAAUAUGCAAUAGUUGGAAAACAAUGCCUACUAGAAGUAAUAAUGAUAAAUAUGGUGGUCAACCAGCGGCAGCUGUAAUUGAUAAUACAAAUGUUAAUGAACAAAAUGAAAGAAGGACAAUUGACGAUGACUUUGAACACUGUGAAUGUGAUCGCAUUAAUCAGAUUCCAAAUGUAAUCAUGCUAACGGGUGUUAGAAGUGAUACUACCGAAGAAUCACCGGUGAGGGAAAUCAAAACAUUCUUCGACACAUUUCAUCCUGAUAUCACUGUGAAAUGGAUUGAACCAGUCUACUUGGUUAGACAAUUGAUGGAACUUGAACAAGCUAAAAAUGAAACAGAAAUUUAUCUUCAAACUGCAAUUGAAGAAUUAGAAACUACUGGUAAACAACAAUACUAUUAUAAAUCCACUGUUUGUUGUCAUUCACUUGGUCUGUGUAAAUCCAAGGUCAAUGCAAUUGAGGUGUACAAUGAGCAAUUGAAUUUACUUGAAACACAAAUAAACACAUUUAAAACACUUGGAGGUGUAUUGAAUAUUGAAUUUUCAGUGAAAGAGAAAGGAAAAUAUCAGUCUGAUAUGUUGAAUAUACCUCAUACAGGAAUUGUGUUUGUCGGUGUGGAGAAUUCUGAACAAGCAAUCAAAUUUCUGUCUGCAUAUACAGUCUGUCCUUUACACGUGCUACCUAUAGAUAAUACAUUAAACCUAAAAUGGUACUGCAAAGAGCAUCGUCCAUGGCGUCGUUUAUAUUCACUCAAAAUACCAAAACGCAGCAAAGUAUUUAAACAUGCUCGUUUAGCUCCACCGGCCUCUGAUUUAUUAUGGUUGAAUUUGACUUCCACAACAUACCACGGCUAUAGAUGGUGGCUACGCGUGAUUGGAGUUCGACUAGCUGUUAUAUUAAUGGCAUUUUUGUUAACAUCACCAGUCUAUGUGCUAACUGUAGUGAAUUUCACUGGACUUUUUGAUUGGCUUGGUAAAAUCGCUCGCCCAUUUGUCUUCAAAUGGUUUCCAGCUGCAAUUUUGGCUGGGACAUCGGUGAUUCUUACGCGUUUAGUGAUUACAAGUGAAUAUUGGACAAGGCAUAAAACACGUGGAGGACUAGAAAGCGUUGUAUAUCGAAAUGCCUAUUGGUUUCUAUUUUUCACGAUACUUGUUUUUCCUUCACUUGGAAUAACAGGUUUUCCAGCUCUCUUGUAUCAAGUCAUAACUACUGAGUAUAAUCCUUCGGACCCAUUCACCUAUUACGUCCCAUUUCAAUUGGAGUGUAUAUUUCUACCGGAUAGUGGUUCAUUAUUUAUCAAUUAUGUGGUUACUUGUGGGCUUCUUGGCGCAGGUCUACAACUUCUUCGUUUGGAUUACAUAAUUCGAAGAUUGAUAAAGCGGACAUUUUAUUCGCAUACAUUGGCAGAGAAAAAAGUUUUUUCCGAACCUCAACCGGAAACAUUCGCUUUCGGAGAAAAGCAUGCUUUUCUUUCAGUGGUACACACUGUUAUCAUUGCUUAUACUCCAGUAUGUCCAUUAAUCUACUUCUUCGGUUUGGUAUACUUCCUUUUCACCUAUCUUAUUGAUAAAUAUAUGCUGGUCUGGGUAUAUACUCCAUUGCAGUCAGAUAUACGUGGAUGGAGUGAAACAGAUAGCAAUAAUUACAGAUAUAUUUACCAUUUGAAGUGGUUCAUCGAGUCAACUCGAUUUAGCCUGGCUGGAAUUUGUAUGGGUACUAUCAAUAUAUCUGCAUUUUACUUAUUACGAUGGUCUACUGUGGAAUUGCGUCCACUGACGAUCGCUUUUCUUGCUCUGACUGCUGUUACCAUCGCUAUAUCUAUCAUUUUACCUUGUUUAUUAAAUGAGCGGCUAUGGCCUCUAUUAUGUCCUGUGCCUCUAUGCAAGAAAUCUUCAGGUCAUUAUCGUGGAUUACUGUACGACAAAAAGAAAACUCCUGGAGAAGUUUGUACUUGCCCGAAAUCCUACUUUGAUGCUACAAUAAACUUAAAAGACUAUACAGUUCCAGUAUUGCGUAACCUAAAGCAAUAA